UUCAGAUCAACGUACCACACUUCCCAAAUCCGUCUCAGCCUCCUACCACUCCCAGGCUCGAAAACAAUUGCCCUCCUCUCAUGGCGCCGCCGUUCGCCGCCGGCAUCCGCCGCCUUCCCCUUUCCAACCUCCACCGCCUCCUGUCGUCCCACCACCUACACCUCUCCAUCUCCCACUCCCCCUCCGACCAAAGCGACUUCGAGCCAGACCCCGAGCACCCCCUCCCUCUUCCUCCCGCCACCGACGACGACGGCGAGCUCGCCUCCUUCGUCCACCGCAUCUCCAGCGCGGCCUCCUCCGCUUCCUCCCCGAAGGAAGCGCUCUCUCUACUCCUAUCCAACACCACAACCACGGGCUCAUCACCGGCCCCAGCAUCCCCGGCCCUCCUCGUCCGCGCCCUCUGGGAGCUGCGCCGCGACCCGGACGCCGCCGCGCUCGCGGUUCGCUACGGAGACGAGAGCAGCGCCGUGGAUGGGGCCGAUGGGGCGGGCGCAGGACCGCAGCCGCCGCCGGCCGAGGCGUGGCACCUGGCCGUGUGGGCCGCGGGGAAGGCGCGGCGGUUCGACCUCGCGUGGGCGGUCGUGCGGCGCAUGCAGCGCCGCGGGGUGCUCACUCGCCGUGCCAUGAUCAUCCUGAUGGAGAGGUAUGCAGCUGCCAAUGAAGUGAAUAAAGCAAUCAAGACAUUUGAUGUGAUGGAGAAGUUUAAAGUGGAAGCAGAUCAAACUGCAUUUUACUCCCUUCUCCGUGCUCUUUGCAAAAGCAAAAACUUAGAGGAUGCUGAGGAGUUGCUUCUUCUGAGAAAGAAAUUCUUCCCACUUACUGCAGAAGGUUUCAAUAUAAUUCUAGAUGGUUGGUGUAAUGUCAUCACUGAUGUGGCUGAAGCAAAGAGAGUUUGGAGAGAAAUGUCCAAUUACUGUAUUACUCCUGAUGGUAUAUCCUAUACUCUCAUGGUCAGCUGUUUCUCAAAAGUAGGAAACCUUUUUGAUACCCUGAGGGUUUAUGAUGAAAUGAAAAAGAGGGGCUGGACUCCUGCUAUUGGUGUUUACAAUUCACUUGUCUAUGUUCUGACAAGAGAGAAUUGCAUGAAGGAUGCACACAAUAUAUUCAGCAAACUUAUAGAUGAAGGUAUCCAACCGGAUGUUGAAACAUACAACAGUAUGAUAGUUCCACUUUGUGAAAGUUCUAAGCUUGAUGAAGCACGAAUAGUGAUGGAAAGCAUGAUACUUAAGGGCAUUGUUCCAACCAUUUCGACUUACCAUGCAUUUUUGAAGCAAGAAGGCAUUGACGAGUCACUGAAGCUCUUGCAAAAAAUGAAGGAAGAUGGUUGUGGCCCUAAGAGUGAAACGUUUCUCAUGCUUAUUGAUAAAUUUUUUCUACUGAAUGAGUCUAGAAAUGCUCUCAGAGUAUGGAAUGAAAUGAGAAAAUAUGACAUUAACCCUGCUCGUUCACACUAUAUGACAGUGGUCCAAGGUUUAGUAAAGCAUGGAUGUAUACCAAGAGCUUUAGAGUACUAUGAUGAAAUGAAGGAAAAGGGUUUCGCUUCUGAUACACAACUUGACAAGGAAUUCGAAACCUUUCUUUUGGCCAACAGAGACCACUGGAAAGGACCUGGCAAAUACAAUAUCAUUCCCCAAUGGAGCAAACAUUUUACAAUGCGGUCAAGAAUGCAAUAACAAAUAUGUUCAAUCGAAUUUGGUUAUACUGUGUUUUCUGAUAUGGGGGAAUUAAUUCCAACAAAGUAGAAUUUUUUUACCAGUGUGAGGUACGUUUAUUUGACCUCUGCUUGAACCCUGACUAUAGCACAUAUAUUAAUGUUUAUGUGAAUCUAACUGCAAAACUGUAAUAUACACGGCAUUUGCUUGUGUUGCUGCUUCUGAAAUAAUUACCUUUGAACUGACUUUGUGUGAUACAAUGGUCGUGUGUCAUCCAAGUCUAUGUUUUUGGUAAAAACGUGUUAAUCAUGUUUGUUUUUGAAUGGCCAAUAUUAGUUAUCUCGCCUACCAGCACUUGCAGUAGGUAAACUGUCUGACAAUUGGGAUCUGAGUAUGAUUUUUGAGUGAAGUUUGGUUAUUUUACGCACUGGAGGAAUUUGGAUUUUUAAGUCUGUUAUUAGAAUGUUUGUAUAGUAACUCAUGAUACCGCAAUGUCAGACCCUUACGAGUUGAGAUGUUCUGCAUACAACUCUGCUGGAGCACAAGGUCGAACACUCAUGAUGGGUCACCUUUCGUUUUACAAGCAAAGCCAUGUAAUAAAGAAUAUUAAUAGGUAUGAUUGCCUGAUUACUCAGGUUACUGGGCUCGAUCUGGACUCUGGUUGCUUGUAAGGAGGUAUGUAGGUGCAGAUAUAUCGGCUAAAAUUUAUAGUUUGUAGAGUGUCAACUCUGUUAAGUUUUGAACUUGAGGUAGUAACAGCUCCAUUUUCUUUGUGACAGUCUGUUGUCCUUGUGCUGUUUUGAUCCUGAGGUCCGAUUUCGCUUCUAUUUAUUCAAGUACUCAAUGGAAGGAGCAAAUAGUUGUACAAUUUCUCAGUAA